UGCAUUUUUUGUUGUUGUUUAAUAAAAGUAUUUAUUUUUUUUUUUUUAAAGUUCUCGUUUGAGUGAAGUGAGAGGAGAGAACCCGCGCAACCCGAGAUUUUCAAAUCUUUGAGCUUUUCAUAAUUCAUUUGAGAUAUUGACGGCUCAAUCGGUUGCAAGCUGGAACCCGCCAGAGCAAGCAGGAAAUCAGGAACAGAACCAGUCAACCAGCCUUCGGCCAACGGUUUUUGGGCUUUCAGCAAGUUUCGUUGAAUUUCGUAUAUAAUUCACCCUAUUUUUAAGAUGGAUUCAGUAAAGGUUGCUGUACGAAUCAGGCCACUUGUAAAAUCGGAAACUGAAAGUGGCUGUCGCUCUUGCAUUGAGAGGAUACCCAAUGAACCUCAGAUCUCAAUCGGAAAAGCUAGUCAGAUGUUCACGUUUAAUUAUGUCUUCGAUGAGUUCGAGGGACAAAGCAAGGUCUACAAUUGCGCAGUGAAGCAUCUUAUUGAAAAUCUAUUCAAAGGUUAUAAUUUGACUAUACUCGCAUACGGUCAAACAGGUUCUGGCAAAACAUACACUAUGGGUACAAAUUAUUCCGGAGACAUCGAACUAGGCGUAAUUCCUAGAGCGGUUUAUGAUAUAUUUGAUACAAUUGAAACAAAGACUGAUUAUUCGUAUAGAGUGACUUGCUCAUUUUUAGAAUUGUAUAAUGAAAGCCUCUAUGAUUUGCUGACUAACAAACCGCGUGAGCAAAGCGUGGUCGAUAUGAGAGAGCAGCAUAACGGCGUUUGCAUUCCCGGUCUGACUGAAGUGGAGGUCCAUUCGCCCGCUGAAGCCCUCAGCCAGCUUCAAGAAGGUUCUCAAGGUAGGGUGGUAGGAGCAACAGCCAUGAACGCCCAGUCAUCACGAUCUCAUGCCAUAUUCACAUUUAAUAUUAGAAUAACCAAUAAGCAAAACCCGAAGGAAGUGAUGACAUCUAAAUUCCAUUUAGUGGAUUUGGCCGGAUCAGAAAGGUCGAAAAAAACUGGUGCCACAGGCGAUAGGUUCAAAGAAGGGGUCAACAUUAACAAAGGGCUCAUGGUACUCGGCAAUGUCAUAUCGCAACUCUGUGAUGGAACGAAUAGCUUCAUCAAUUAUAGAGACAGCAAGCUCACUCGUCUCCUUCAAGAUUCACUUGGUGGAAACUCUGUCACGCUUAUGAUUGCAUGUGUGAGUCCAGCUGAUUACAACCAAGACGAGUCAGUCAGCACCCUUCGGUAUGCAGACAGGGCAAAGAAGAUCAAGAACAAGCCGGUAGUGAACCAGGACUCGCAAAGUGCAGAAAUAUCCAAGCUCAAGAAAGAAUUGGAAGACAUGAGGCUGAAAUUUAUUGAAGGAGGUGGUGUCAGUUAUGAGUGUCCUCCGAGUCACAAACAGUUGGAACAGGAGUUGGAGGAUGCUCAGACUCGUAUCAAAGAGCUUCUUAAAACUUUAACCGAGUAUAUGUCUCAAAGCUCCAAUUUAUUGGAGCGAGCUGUUAUGGCAGAGAAAUUAGAAGAGACAAUGAAAGAGAAGUUCUCUGAAUUAACUCACCUGUCUGAAUCAAUCAACGCAGACUCAGGUGAUAUCGACAAGAACAAGAUUCUGCAAGACAUCAAAACAAAAAUUCUUGAGGUUCAGGUAGAAGUCCUUGGUUUUUUUGAAGUAUAUUCAGUCCCUGAAGAAGUCCUAAGAACCCUGCAUGUUUCCUCAAAAAUCCUCGCUGAUUGCAUGAAAGACGUGCAGAGACUCCAGUGCGAGAAGGAGAUGCUCAGUCAUGAAAAGCUGUCAGGAAAUAAUAAGAGCCCAUUCGAAGAGGAUGUACUCAGUACACCAAUAAGGCACGAACACAUUCUAUCCCAGGCAAAGAUCAACAAAGAAAUUUAUCAAAUCACAAAGAAUCUUGUCUGGAAAGAAGAGCUAAUGGCAAAAUUGUCCGAAAAUGUAAAUGGACUUGGUGUCAUUGAGGGCGUUUCUCAAAAGGAGGUCGAUGAUCUCAAAAAGCAAGUCGAAUCCUUGCAGGCUGAAAAGGACGAGCUGCUUAGCCAGAUCAACAACGCUGCAGUAAAUUCAGCGAACAAUGCCAGCAAAGUUGCUGAACAGAGAAGGAAAAGGCUCCAUGAACUUGAGCAACAGAAGACAACGCUUCUUAAAAAGAUUGCAGAACAAGAAAAGAUAAUUAAAAUGAAGCAGAAUUCUGAUGAAAAAAUGAAAGCUUUACAGGCUGAUAUCAUGUCGAUGAAACAACUCAAGGUAAAACUGAUACAUCAGAUGAAGAGUGAAAAUGAAAAGUUCAGAACGUGGAAGGUAGAGAAAGAUCGGGAAAUGUGCGUGCUUCGUUCCCAGAACGUUAAACGGCAGAACCAGCUGAAAAAACUGGAACAACAGCACUCGCUACAGCAGAACGUACUGAAGCGUAAACUCGAAGCUGCCGCAGCCGCAAACAAGAGAAUCAUGGCUGUCCUGGACAGGCAGAAGCAGGCCAAGAUGAGAAGGCUGAAGGGCCCAGCCUCAGAGAGGAUAAAAGAAAAGAUGCAGGAGGAGCUCGAGCUGCUCGAAUCUGAAUAUCAAGCCCAGAGGUCGCUCGAUUCAUUAAUUCAAGAUCGAGCCUCUCUCACAAAAGAAUUAACCAUAGUCAAAGAAAGCCUGCAGGAUAAUUCUAUAUCCCAGGAAGAAAAAGAAAAACUAGCAAUGGACAUGAAGCAAAUUGAAGAAGGCAUCGCCAACAGGAGUGCCGAAAUUUCUGACCUUCAGCAAAAGCUUCUUGAUAUCCAUCAUGGAGAUCGGCCUAAAGGAAACUGGGAUAUGCUGCAAUCCAUGGGCGAUGCAAAGUUUGCUGUUUCGUACCUGUUCAGCCUUGUGUCUGAAAAAAUAAAAGAAAAUUUAAAUACUGCACAGUCCGUUUCAGAGCUCAAGGAACAACAACAUGAAUAUGUCAACCAGCUUGAUCUCUACUCUCAAAAGAUGGAAAUAAUGGCUGCCAAUCACAAAGAGGAAUUGGAAAAUUUGGAAAAAGAAUGUGAGGAAAAAGUCUACAUCUUGUUGAAGCGCAUUCAAGAGCCAAAUCUGAACGAGUCUGAAGAGAUAGUUCAAUACAAGAAUAUCAAGUAUGAAGAGCUCGAGAAAAUCGGGAUGCUCAGGAACAGAGUCAAGGAACUGGAGGAAGAAGUAGACACCUUGAACAAAGCACUUGUCGUGCGCAAACCUCCAUCUACGCAUAUGGAAGCUUUUGAAAACUUUUUGGAGCAAAAAGAUACAACCUUCACUACAUCGAAGGGCACAAGAAAGAGCAAAAAGAAAACACAGACGUUCACCUACGAAUUGGCCGAUGAAGAGAGGUUGAGGGCAUUUGACGAUUCGGUUGAGAUAGAGAAUGACGACCCCAACAACGAUCCAGACUGGGUGCGCACGCCCCUCUACAAGAGGCUGCAGUCCCUUAAGGCAUCGAAAAGAAGAUGUAACAGCAAAAACAAGACAAACCCGCAAUGCUCUUGCCAAGAAGAAUGCUCUCCUAAAUCCUGUCCUUGUAAAAAGGAUGACCUAGACUGCAAUGAAAACUGUUCAUGCGAUUCUGCCUGUAAAUUAAAAGAUAAGUCAAAUUUAGAAGCCAGCCCAACAAAAAAACAGAAGUUAAUGGAACCUUUAGCGAGCAUAAGGGCGAGAAGGGACGACUACUUUUUAUAGACCUAUGAUGCUUAUAGUCUCAUAUGAUUAUUUUUAAAUAGUUUCUUCUGUUUUUACAUUCUAGAAAAAACCAAGACCUUUAGCCCCCCCCCCAUUAUUUGUUGGAAUUGCAUGUUCUAUGGUUUGACUAAUUAUUCUUUUUGUAUAUUUUACAGUUGAAGAUUAUAAUCAAUUUUAUAUAAUCUAAAGUUCUUGUCCUUUAAUUGUACAUUGAUUUUAGACCUAUUUUGUAUUUAUUUUAAAGUUGUUACUCAUGUACGAUUGUAUCAUUUUCUUAAUAUUGAACAGCAAUGGGUAAAAAAAUAAAAAAAGGUUACAAAAAUUAUAUACCCGUUACCUUUUGUGCAGAACUUAACUUUACCUUUAAUUGUUAAAAUUAAAAAUUAUUAAAUUAUUCUUUUUGUAUAUUUUAUAGUUGAACAUUUAAUCAAUUUUAAAUAAUAACGUAAAGUUCUUGUCCUUUAAUUGUGCAUUGAUCUUAGACCUAUUUUUUAUUUAUUUUAAAGUUGUUAUUCAUGUACGAUUGUAUCAUGUUCUUAAUGUUGAACAGCAAUGGGUAAGGAAAUAAAAAAGGCUACAAAAAUUA